AUGCUAAGCGUACUCCUGAAGUAUGCCCAAUGUACUAAGGGACCAUUAUGUUAUAAGUUUUUAUUUCAAGAGUGUAAAGGGUAUUUACCUGAUUUGGAGUGUUACAAUAUUCUCAAGACUCAAGAGUAUCAUCUGAGAACAAUCAUCGAAAGUGUUGAUAAGAAACAUGAAGAGAGAAUGGGUAAUCAGUCUAGCAAUUUUGAAUAUGAGAUUACUAAGUUACACGAAGUUGUGAAGGAGCUUCAUGAGCUCUUUGAGAAACAAGUAUCUGAAAUGAAAGCUUUUCUUGAACUCAAGGUUAAUUAUCUUCGAACCUCGAUGUCGAAAGAGGUUAAAAUAUUGGAUGAUAAUUACAACUUGUUGCAUAAGAAGGUUGAUGUUUUAUCCCGUGCAACUACUCAUUUGAUUGAAGAUAUCACUGCUUUCAACAAGGAUUAUGAUCUCAAAGUUAAAAGUGAUAAGGAUGAUAAAGUGUUUGAAAAGAGUUCCAUCUCUCAAGAUUCCAUUUCUUCAAUGGUUUCGAACAUUGAGACAAGCAUCAAAGCAGAGUUGGCUCCAAUCCUCAAUCUAGUCCUUCGUCUACCAACAAAUGCUCCACCAUCUAUGCACGUCUCGCAAGGGGUAGAAAGAGGUGUUAGUUUGUCUAAGAGAUCUGGUGAAGACACAUGA